AUGAUACUCCGGCGGCUAGUCACGGCCGCUUUCGCCAGCGUCGCCUGUCUCAUACAGCCCAUUCAAGCCGAUUCAACAAGUAGAAACCCCGUCACCUCCAUAUUUACGAUACAAGAUCCCAAAAUCCAAUCCUCUUCACGGCAAAUAAACUCCAACUCAAACUUCGAUAUUCUGUUCACUAUCCCAGGUGAACGGAGGAUACGACUGUCCCUCGAACCGAACCACGAUGUUAUCCCCCGUGAUCUUCAAGUAACCUACCUCGAGGCCGACGGUAGCAUUCGCUCUGUAGAACCGGUCGAGCGCGCAAGUCACCGCGUUUAUCGUGGAGACGUAUUUACGAAGCCCCUCGAUGACGGCUCGGAAUGGGUGAAAGGCGGCUGGGCGCGAAUUACUCUACACCGCGAUGGCAAGACUCCAAUUUUUGAAGGCGCAUACCGUCUCCAUGGCGAUCACCACCACAUUCAGACUGCAACCAAUUACCUCAAGUUGAAGCAUGUUGAAGAUCCCAAACCGAGUGCCCCUACCUCGACCGACUACACGUCUGGGGACGAAUACAUGGUGAUUUGGCGUGACUCUGACGUUCUAGAAUACUACCAACCUCACGACGAGCUUAAAAAACGAGAGCUCUAUGGGAGGGUUUCUUGCGGGUCCGACGAUUUGACCUUCAAUGCCAACUACGACCUCAACUCUCGUGCGACCAGCGAUUUUGGAGAAAUGUCGACGUCCUCUCUCUUUGGUCGCCAAGUCGAUACCACUCCAGGUAAUGGCGGUGCGGGCAUCAACCUUGUCGACAACAUCGGCUCCACGGCCGGCUGCCCCAAAACGCGAAAGGUAGCUUUGCUUGGUGUCGCGGCGGACUGCAAUUACCGCAAGCAAUUUAGUACCGAGGCAGAUGUCCGAACCAAUAUUAUCCAGCAGAUCAACGCCGCGUCCGCUGUGUACGAGAACACUUUCAACAUUACGCUCGGUCUACAGAACAUCACCAUACUGAAUCCCGAUUGUCCCUCGACGGCCACCGAAGCGGUACCCUGGAACGUUGUUUGUGGUGAUGGCGUCACCAUAACCAACCGACUGAGCAAGUUCUCCGAGUGGCGAGGCCGCUCGCAAGAUACGAAUGCAUUCUGGACCCUCUUGACGACGUGCAAUACCGACAACGCCGUAGGCCUCGCCUGGCUUGGGCAGGUCUGUCAGCAAGGGGCCCGCGCGAACCAAGGCGACGGCUCCGACUCGAACGAGACCAUCUCGUCCACGAACGUUGUCGUGCGUACUCAGACCGAAUGGCAGGUUAUUGCCCACGAGGUCGGCCACACUUUCGGUGCCGUUCACGACUGUACUAGCGCUAGUUGCCAGGCCGGUGACGCCCAGAUGCAGAGGUGCUGUCCUCUCAGCCAGAAUUCGUGCGAUGCCAAGGGCCAGUUCAUCAUGAACCCAUCUACGGGCCGCGGAAUCGAGGCGUUCUCCCCCUGCAGUGUCGGCAAUGUUUGCGCUGCCAUUUCCCGCCAGGCCGACCGGUGUCUCCUAAACAACAAGGAUAUUCCCGUCAUCACGGGCAGUCAAUGUGGAAACGGCAUCGUCGAGACGGGCGAGGACUGCGACUGCGGCGGAGAGCAAGGAUGUGCAGGAAACUCGUGCUGCGACCCGAAGACUUGCAAGUACACACAGAACUCGGUUUGCGACCCGGCCAACGAGGAAUGCUGCACCGAUUCGUGCUCCUUCGCCUCGUCCGGUACCGUCUGCCGCCCCAGUACGGGACUUUGCGACCCCGAAGAAACCUGCUCGGGUUCCUCGUCGGCGUGCCCCAGCGACCAGCACAAGGAUGAUGGAAGCGACUGUGGCGAGAAGGGCCAGGGUCUGACCUGUGCCUCUGGACAGUGCACGUCUCGCGAUCAGCAAUGUCAGGCCAUGAUGGCGUCCUUCUCCAAUGUCACCAACGUCAAGGCUUGCGACCGGACCGAGUGCAUGAUCGGGUGCACGUCGUCGCUGACAGCGCCUAACGUGUGCUCAGUCAUGAACCAGUGGUUCCUGGACGGCACGCCGUGCAGCGGCGGCGGCAAGUGCCAGAACGGUGUCUGUCAGGGAGGUUCGUUUUUCAAGGAGGCUGCGGAGUACAUCAGGAAUCACAAGGACAUCUUUAUCCCCGUCAUCUCUAUCGUCGGCGCGCUCAUUCUCAUUGCCAUCUUUUGGUGCUGUUUCCAGUCUUUCCGACGCCGCAACCAGGCAAGGAAAUUCGGCCGAAAAGGACCGCCCAUGAUGGGUCUCCCAAGCCGUGAUAAUAAUGCCUGGACCAACUUUGCUGGGGCUUAUGCGCCUCGCCCGCGCGGCCCCAACGACACGAACGGCAGCAACAACCAGUCUCAGAGGUCUAUACCGAGAGCCUCUCAGCAGCCGCAGCCGCAGCAACAGCCACAGACCGCGGGGUGGAUGCAGUCACCACCGCAGGGACCGCCACAGAUACCCUCGUCUCCUCCGCCGGCGUAUCCUGCCUACCAGCCGUAUCAGCAGUGGGGCGCGCCGCCGGGUAGAAGCACGAGAUACGCUUAG